AUGCGCGAAUCGCACACCGAGGCCUGCAUUAUUGGAUACAAGAAGCUGGCGGUGCUGAGGAAAACGCUGCGAGGAGCCGUGACCGCCCAAACACUCCUUGCCUUUGCCUUUGCAGCCGAGCAGUUCUCGUCAGGUGGUGUGCUGUUUGGUGCUGCCAUCGCAUCCAUCGCUCUCUCGGCUGGGGCAGCCACCUUCCUGUCGCUGGGGAGCAGGGAGAGGCUCGCAGGGCUGCGAGCAGCGCGAUACCUGUCCGCUUUCCUCCUCCUCCUGUGCAUCUGGGACGUGUACAGCGCGGCUGCCAGUGGCAAAUCCGUGUUUGGGCCCGGGAACGCUGCCCUCCGGCUGCCUGGUCUCCCGGCGGCCACGGCAAUCAAGAUUACUCAGGGCAUAAGCACGGUGCUGCGGAUCGCGCUGGGCGCAGCCGCACUCGUCAGCUCCACGCGGCUUGCGGCCUUCCUCAAAGAGAAGGGCGCUGCGGGGGCUCAGAAAAAGGCUUGA